AUGGGUAUCAAAGAAGAGCGUUCGAUCUAUGGCGGUCUUAUCCUAAAUGGUAUAUGCACCGCGUACUUGUUGAAGAUUGUGCUAGCCGACAAGGAUGUUGUGCUCGUGGAUGUGGUUGUUGUAUUGACCGCAAGAUUGAUCCUAUACGUGGGCUUGGAGUUGGACAUUGUACCUUUGAAUGUGGAUGUUGUCGGAGAGCUCGAGGAUUUGAAAUUUGCGAAGAGGAGAUAA